UUCCCAUCACUUAUAUAAUUCAUUUCGAUGCAACAAAAACAAGAACGAGCUAGAUGUUCUAAUCUGUUACAAUUACUUCGUCCUGAAUUAAGCUAAGCUUCUGAUGACAGCCCAGCAACAGAGACCGACCGACUUCAAUAUUUUCAACACACCACUGUCUACUCCCAUGGCGGCGUUAAACUAAUAAUCCCUCCAAUCUAUUCCACCGCCUCCACAACUCGGUGAGCCUAUAUAUUUUCGACGCCGGUUCAAACCCAACUUAGUGCCACGCCUCAUACCGGGUCGUAGUCGUGUUUCGACAACGUGAAAGUUGAUAAGCUUAGGCUAGGUUUGAAGUUUACGUACUUCAUUUCCUUGUGAAAUAUAUGUGUUUUCCAAAGGUGGCGAAUUCCAGUAGAGACAGAGACGACGAGCGCGCCGCCGCGGCGGGGCAAGGAAAUGAGACCCUACAGGGUGAAGAACAGAGAGACCUUAAUGAAGAGUGGCUGCUAUUCGAGCCGCUGCUGUAUUCUCAGCAGCAACGACGAGGCGGUGGUGGCGGCGGUGGAGGGAUAGUGGCGUCGUCGUCAAAGCUGUUGAGGUUGGAUAGGGAGAGGGAGAUGUCUGCUAUGGUGUCGGCUUUGACGCAUGUUGUGACCGGAGAGGAGCAUACUCGGUUUGAUGAAGUUGAUGGCUUGGCUUCGUCGGCGGGGACUGGUUUGUGGGGCGGCGUUGGCAACAAGAGAGUAAGAGAGGAGGAUUGUGAUGGCCGUGGACAGAAUAUAUCGGAGGUUUCAAGGCUUUGUAGAGCAUUUGGUGAUUUCCCACAGCAGGGCUCAUCUUCCUCCUCUGUUUUACCAGAGAACUCGAACUCAAGAAAUAGGAGUAAUACAACCACACCAGCUAUACAAACAGCAUAUGAAUAUAGCGCACCUCAAAUAUCAGAGCAACCAGUAAGGAGAAAAUACAGAGGAGUGAGGCAGAGGCCAUGGGGAAAAUGGGCAGCAGAGAUCAGAGACCCAUUUAAGGCUGCCAGAGUUUGGCUAGGCACAUUCGAUACGGCUGAAUCCGCCGCACAAGCCUAUGAUACAGCUGCCCUGCGCUUCCGAGGCAACAAGGCGAAACUCAACUUCCCGGAAAACGUCAGACUCCGAUCACUGCCCUCAUCAGCUGCAGAAUAUGUUAGUCCAAUGACGAUUCAACCUACAGGUUCAGGUUAUUCAAAUGCACUUGUGUCCGUUGCUACAUCCACCGAGCCUGUUGUUCGCUCCCAAGUAGCAGUUUCAUUUCAACAACAAAGGCCACCUAUGAGUCUUUAUGACCAGAUGGUUUUAUUAUCUUCGUCUUCAUCUCCAUCUGCUACUACUUCUUCUUCCACAUUUGCCUCCUCUGUUUCCUCAGCUUCUUCUUCUCCCCCACCUCCGGCCUUUUCGUCACGUUUUAUGACUCAGGCAACGUCACCAGUUCAUCUUAGACAAGCCACUGGCGAUCAGAGUGACGAAGCUGAUUUUUCAGUGCAGCAGCACCGAUCAAUGAGCUCCGGCCAUUAUACUUCCUAGACGAUAGCUUUCACCAUUUUUUGUUUCUCCUGUUUCUUUUUUUUCACUGAACAUGAUAUGGUUUUCGGUUGUGAAAUCCGUCACGUUCUGGUUAUAGUUUCUGUAUCAUUCCCCUAGUGUUGCUCAUAAAUACAAAAACAUUUAGUUUG